AGCACCAUGAGCUGCAUCGCAAACCUGCGGGGCUGCUGCCUGCUCGCGCUGCUCUGCCUCCUCCAGGCCCCUCGGGCACGGGCCGGGGGCGAUGCCGCGGCCCCGCCGGCGCUCUCGGCGGCCUCCUUCCUGCAGGACCUCCUGCGGCGCUACGGCGAGAGCGAAACCCUGAGCCUGAAGCAGCUCAAGGCCCUGCUGAACCGCCUGGACGUGGGAGUGGGGCACGCCAACGCCUCCCAGCCGCCGCAGCAGCGCGCCAACCUCUCCCGGUGCUUCAGCUCCGUGGAGCUUUUCGCCAUCCACAACCUGAGCGAGGGCUCCGCCGUGGGGCACGGCGAGUUCAAGGAGUUCUGCCCCACCAUCCUGCAGCAGCUGGAGUCGGGGGCGUGCGCCGCGGAGAACCUGGAGAACGAGGAGAAUGAGCAGACGGAGGAGAGCCGGCCCAGCUCGGCCGAAGUCUGGGGUUACGGUUUCCUCUGCGUCACCGUCAUCUCCCUCUGCUCGCUGGUGGGAGCCAGCGUGGUGCCCUUCAUGAAGAAGACCUUUUACAAGCGGCUGCUCCUCUACUUCAUAGCUCUGGCGAUUGGAACUCUCUACUCCAACGCCCUCUUCCAGCUCAUUCCCGAGGCCUUUGGCUUCAACCCCCAAGAAGAUUACUACGUUUCCAAAUCCGCCGUGGUGUUCGGGGGCUUCUACCUCUUCUUCUUCACCGAGAAGAUCCUGAAGAUGCUCCUGAAGCAGAAGGACCAGCACCACCACGGGCACAGCCACUACAGCCCCGAGGCGCUGCCGUCCAAGAAGGACCAGGAGGAGGGGGUCACCGAGAAGCUGCAGAACGGGGACCUGGACCGCAUGAUCCCGCACAUCGCCAGCGAGCUGGAGGCAAGAGCCCCCCCCGGGGACGAGAAGGUCGUGGUGGGCUCCCUGUCUGUCCAGGACCUGCAGGCGUCCCAGAGCGCGUGCUACUGGCUGAAGGAGGUGCGGUACUCCGACAUCGGCACGCUGGCGUGGAUGAUCACCCUGAGCGACGGCCUCCACAACUUCAUCGACGGGCUGGCCAUCGGCGCCUCCUUCACCGUCUCCGUCUUCCAAGGGAUCAGCACCUCCGUGGCCAUCCUCUGCGAGGAGUUCCCGCAUGAGCUGGGGGACUUCGUCAUCCUGCUGAACGCCGGGAUGACCAUCCGCCAGGCGCUCUUCUUCAACUUCAUCUCGGCCUGCUGCUGCUACGUGGGCUUGGCCUUCGGCAUCGUGGCCGGCAGCCACUUCUCUGCCAACUGGAUCUUCGCUCUGGCCGGGGGGAUGUUCCUCUACAUCGCGCUGGCCGACAUGUUCCCCGAAAUGAACGAGGUGAGCCGCGAGGACGAGCAGAACGGCAGCACCUUGAUCGCCUUCGCCAUCCAGAACGCGGGGCUGCUGACGGGCUUCACCAUCAUGGUGCUGCUCACCAUGUACUCCGGCCAGAUCCAGAUCGGGUAGGAGCAGCCCGGCCGGAGCCUGUGCCAGUUUUUCCCUUUCUAUUUUUUUUUUUUCUGGGGGGUGGGGAGGGUUUUUUUUUUUUUCUUUUCCUGCUGCAAGCAUACGACAGUACCUGUGCGGGCACGAAACACUACAGAAGAGGCAUUGCUUUCAGAGCUAUUCCACAGACUUCCUAUCAUUUCGACUCGAGGCUGAGCGGGGCUCCGUCCCCCUUUGCCGCAGGACCGAACUGACCAGAGGAUCUCCUUCCCGUGUCGCAUCCCUCCUCUCCUCGCAUCUCCCGGGAAGGAUGGAUUUGGAGACAGGAGCUCCUCCAGCUGUGUCGCUCCCCUCCUUGUUCUCGGAGCGGUGGGACGGGGCAAAAUGCAAUCCUGACCCUUUUCUGCAAGGGAUUUGAUGGGGCUGCGGGGACAGGGCUAGCGCUGGACGCCAGCUGCCUCCUGCUCACCUCCCAAGGGAUGGAUGCGCGGGGGCGACGAGUGCCACCGUGCGUGGAAGGGGAACGGCUCGCAGGCAUCGCCCGGGGAGCUGGUGUUUCCCUCCUG